CCGAUCGUCAGACGAUGGAUCCAGUCAUUCAGAGCUCCAUGUGAACCCCAUGGAUGCAGCCGAACAGUGAGUGGAGUGGAGCAGCGCAACGCCCACACUGUUUGUUUCAAGAAAGCCUGUGCCCGGACCCUGGAGGAGGAUCGGAGGAGAGAGCUGAUCAGCAUCAGCUAGCUACUAGAUGGCGAGGAUCAUCAGGCUACGCCUGGCGGUGGUCGCCGCCAUGGCCUUGUGCUGCUGCUUCGUCUGCCUCAUCCACGCGCCGACGGCGACAGGUGCUGCCGCCGACGCCACGUUUCUUCCUGCAGGACUGGAGCUUGAGGUGGUGCAGCAGGAUACUAGAGUGGCUCCGCCAUCGUCGUCGUGCGGCGCAGACGACGAUCAGGCCGUCGUCGUAGCUGGAGAGGCGGAGGCGGAGGCGGAGGCGGCCGCCGGCGGGAGGACGACGAGGAUGGAUCUGGAGCUGGAGGACUACCCUGGGUCCGGCGCCAACGACCGCCACUCGCCGUGGGCCCAGCGAAGGCACUGAUCGAUGAUACAUCCACGUUCGAUGACCUCUCUCUCUCUCUCUCUGCAUUUUGUAGCGUGCACAGACGACAGCAGUUUCUUCAGAGUUGCACUACUGUACGAUCGAUGACUAUACUGUAUUUGUAUACGCGCUGCCGUCACAUACAUACCAAUACCAGGGGUACUUGUGCCUUGUGUGUGUCGUCUCACUGUCACGUGUACCAUGGCCGGCCGAGAUCGACUCAACAACAGGCGUCUGCAUGCUUGCUCAGCUACUUAUUUUCGACUGCAAUUUCCUUUUUUUCUUCAUAUAUAAAAAUACAGAGUUGUACUGACAAUAAUUCUACAAUGACUGACGUGAAACA